GACGUGAAAUUCUCACUGUAGCGAGGCAGCUGACACGGUUAACUUGUUGUAGUAUAUUUAUUGUUUAAAUCUGAAGUUCAAAGUUUAUCAUAAGUUUACGAUAAACGUUGGUAAUUAUGUAAAUUUCGGGUUCGUAGUCGCAGAUUUCGUAUAUACCUAUUACCUACAUCCGAUAUAUACGUGUGUUAUUUUAAUCGAGUGGAAAGUACCGCGUCGAAAUGAUCGUUCCUACCGAGUUAGGUAAAGUGCACGGAUUUUUAAAAACAUCCGUCGGAUCGGGUAGGAAGUUUUUUAGUUUUUUGGGUAUACCUUAUGCGAAACCACCGGUCGGAGAGUUGCGUUUUUUGCCUCCAGAGCCUGCCGAACCGUGGAAUGAUGUCUACGAUGCGAAUCACGAACGGAAUAUGUGCUGUCAAUCGGAAUCCCUGCAUCCAGACGAUAUCAGCGGAUCCGAGGACUGUUUGUAUUUGAAUGUGCAUACAGCUGCACCCAAUGAUACCGCCAUCAUGAAACCAGUCAUGGUCUACAUUCACGGAGGAGGUUUCUUGCAAGGCUCGGGACACGACGAUACUCACGGAGGAGACUAUUUAAUAGACAAUAGCAUCGUAUUGGUCACCAUUAAUUACAGGUUGCAUAUUUUAGGCUUCCUCAACUUGGGUAUCGCCGAGUGUCCUGGCAAUGUUGGUUUGAAAGAUCAAGUAAUGGCUUUAAAAUGGGUCAAAAAGAACAUCAGACAGUUCGGCGGUAAUCCUGAAAACAUCACCAUAUUCGGGUGCAGCGCAGGAGCAUGCAGUGUUCAUUUACUGAUGAUGUCUCCUCUAGCCAAAGGAUUAUUCCAGAAAGCCAUCAUGCAGAGUGGAAAUGCCCUGAUUUCGUGGAGUAUCACGAACGAACCGAUUAAAUGGGCUUUCGAAGUGGGUCGGAAAUUAGGUCACGAAGGAGAUGAUCCCAAAGAAUUGGUGAAGUAUUUGAAAACCGUACCUGCUGAAGAUAUUGUCAAAACGAUGCUGAGGAUACUCGAUGAUAUACUCGAAGAAUUUCCUGGGAGAUCGUUCUAUUUCCCAUUCUCACCGUCGGUGGAAACCAUCGAGGAGGAUGCUUUUUUACCCGAUUGUCCUGAGAAAAUGAUUCAAUCUAUGGAACCUAUACCUUGUAUGCUCGGAAGUAAUGAUCUCGAAGGCUCGUUGAUGUGGCGAGUUCUACCUGCAAAUAUUCGCGAAGAUCCACUCGCAAUUUUUCCUCACAUUAUCACCAGUAAUUUCAAAGUCAAAGAAACAGAUAUACCGAGAAUCGAAGCAAAACUCAAGUCAUUUUACUUCGAACAUGGCAAUCCUCGUGAUACUGAGUGGCAAAAAUUGAUGAAUCUGAUUUCCGAUAUAGUCUUUUAUAGAUUCUAUAAAUCGUACGAAGCAUUGACCAAAUCGAAAAUACCGCCUUUUGUCUACCAUUUUAUAUACUACGAUGAAAUGGACAUGUCUGAGUUCAAAGAUUUAAAAACUUCGCCAAAUCUGAGGAAGCUCGCUAGAGGAGCAUUUCAUGGAUCUGAAGUAAAUUUUUUGCUGUCUCAAAAAGUAUCCGGUGUACCUGUAUCGUUGACUGGUGCUUCUUUAAAGGUGCAAAAUAAUAUUUGCUCGCUGUGGGCGAAUUUUGCGAAGUCUGGCAACCCAACGGCUGAAACUUUCAUCGAAUGGAAACAGUGCACAGAUCGGCAACCGUGCUAUUUACAAAUCGACGUCGAUUUGAAAAUGAUGAAUGGUAAAAUCAACGAGAAACGAAUGGAGUUCAUAAAAAGCGUAUUUAAUAACGCCGAAUUACUUAAGUAAACAAUAGAAUGAUGAAUGAUGACGUGUACACAUUCAAAGCCGAGGAUGAACAUCGAACAACCAACGCGAGAAGAAGGGAUGCUGAAUACUUUAUUUUACUAGUCACCAUUGCUUAUAUACGAAAUGUAUUCGUACUACGUAGUAUUUAUUAUUACUUACUAUCAUGUUAGAGAAUAAAAUAAUAUAUUAUUUAUCUAUCGUU